UCUCCUCCUCCUUCUUCUACAUCUGUAAGGCCGUUUGUCCUGGAGAGGCAGUCAAACCCACCCCGAGGAGCAGGAGGAUGGAGAGCAACAUGUAACCGGUUCCGUGCGCCUCCGUCGACAGACAGCAUGCUUCCCCUGGUGUUCUGCUUCUGGUGUUUUCUGUUACCUCACUGGCAGGCGGUGGCGGACGAGGAGGCCCUCUGGGGUCCGACGCCAUCGAGAGAAAAGCAACCUGAAAAUAAAUCCAGCUGGUUUUGGACUUUGCCGCUAUCAAAGCUCCCCUCGCUUACUUCACUUCCUUCACUGCCAUUCCAUAACCCUUUUUACAGAAGCUCGGAAGAUGACAACAAGGCUGCUGUGUCCACCACAGUCGCCCACAGUUCCACUGAGACCUUUGAUGGAGACUUGAGUUCAGGGGAAGGGAGUGAAUCUGUGGCAUCCGGAACACCCAUCACUUCAACCCGGGGGUUCCUAAUCAGUGUGACAACGAUAAGAAGUGAACCACUUCCCACUAGGACAUCAGAUUCUCCAGACAGCAGCGUAGCGCACGCCGACAAUGUAACCCUUGUUUCAGGCUCCCCCACGAGCAGCUCUAUCAGAAGCACUCUGUUCACAAACAGUCCCACGAGCACAAACGCUCCGGAACAAAAUGCAACACAUACCCAAACGCCACAGGGAACCACACAAGCAGCCACUCCAAGCAUGGCAGCCACUUCACAACACCUCCCAGAAGAAUACACCGAUGGGACAGUGGCUGAGCGCUCUACGAGAAAGAUAUCUUCGACAAUUGCACCGGAGGCAAGUACGGCUCCCACUGCCUCGACCCAAACCCCUUCAGCAGAGCCAGGGGUGGUAAAGACCACGCUGACCAUCAGACACCGUCUGAGGCCUCUCGCCACUCCCUCCCCAGAGACCACAUUUGUCAGAAAACCACACGACUCGAUCGUCAGCACGACCGUCCGCACUGAUGACACCACAGUGUCAGAAACCAAUCAGAGUGAGGCCGACCCCGGCUCCUCCGAGGCCAGGUCAGGGCCCGCGGAGGACCAGCUGGGGGUAAUCACCACUGCCAUGGGGAUCGAUCGCAGACUGAUCCUGGAAUCUAUAACGAGCACAACUCCACGCCAAAGGGUUCACUUCCCGAGAGCAGGAGAGCCGCCCGGCCGAGAGUAUACGGUGGUGGACGAGGAGGCUGAGGAGGCAGCGCCGGGGCCUUCAGCUGCUGCAGACGGGGGUGAGGACGACGCGAGGACGGCAGACAUUUCCACGCCGGCGUCCACUGAGCUGCUGACGACGCAGCGGCCUCGGAGCACCGGCAUUCCGGCUGAAAUCCCUCUCUACACUGAAGACUGGUUGUCCAACCUGGUGGACAGCAGCAUCACCCUCCUUCCCGACUGUAACUCGGAACGCUCUGGAAUUUGCAACUUCUCCGACAUGUGGGAAGCCGCCACCGCCUCGGAUGCCAGACCCACACAAAACACCACUGCCGUCAACCAAUCAAUCAACCCUUUGGUAAUCCCAGCCCCACCCAUGUUGGUGCCCCUGUACACUGACUGGAACAGUGCCAUGGCAGCUUGGGGCCUAGCAUGGGAGGCACAUGUGUACGGUGCUGGCUGUGUCUUUGUAAUGCUAACAAUAGCCUCAGCAUUGAAUCUGCUCUGCUUGCCACUGCGAUGUCCGUCUGGCUGCGGCUACUUUGCCCUGGUCAGCCUGUUCCUCCUAGCUGCUGGUAGUACCAGGUCUUUCUCGCUGCUCUACGAUGCGUACGGCCACCAGGACCGUUUGCCCUUCACAGAGGCCUCACUGAUGCUAUACGAGGCACCGUUUCCCUGCCUGACUGCAGCUUUUGGUCUGGUUUUCCUUCUCCUCUCCAUGCGCUCAAGAAUGCAGCUUUCGUACUCAACCUUCCAGAGACCCUGUUUCCUGGCCUGCCUGGUUGUCCUGCACUUUGCUGUUGCGUUCGGUCCGGUGGCACUACUGAAGUCCUACCAACAAAAGCCUCCCCUUUGCCUCUUUCUCUCGCUCAUCUCCCGUGGAGCAUUUGUAGUGCUGGCCACGUUUCUCUCUGCUGCCUAUUUUGUGUUCUACAUCUACGUGCGUGCAGACGCGAAGCACAUCUACCACCUGAACAACACUUCCCCGACACCUGCUGAGCGCUACAACCGCUGCCCCUUUGCCGAGAGCCGGGAUUGGGAUCGUGCAGCUGUCACCGUUUGUCUUUCAGCAUUGUUUUCUUUAGCAUGUGCGGGACUGCAGUUAUUUGCAAUGCUCAAUGCUAUGGGUGUGGUAGGUGGAGAGGAGGUCUUCCACCCCUGGCCCUGGUGGACAUUUCAGUUUAGCUGCAGACUCUGUGAGCUCGGGGUCUGUCUCACCUUGGCCUUGGUGGUUGCGCAACCAGUCUACUGCUCGGACCACCUUCCAGCUGCAGGAAGCUGCUGGACUGAACUGUUGGCAUCCAAAUCACCCAUCCUGCCAGGGACCUACCAGUGGACACUGAGCCAGCAGGAGAAACUGGCCAUUGUUGAUAGAGUUGGACUUGGAGAGACCGAGAGCCUUCCUCUUUACACUCUGAUGGAUGAGAGGCUUGGUAGUAGUCUAAAUGGCCUGGACCUCCUUUACCACAGCAACCGCGCCUUAGCAUAUCGAGACCUGGACUUGGAUAUGGAUUUACAGGAGUCAGAUAAACCUGACGACAAAGGUAGAGAGCCGUCGGGUGGGUCUUCAUUCACCAGUGACUCCACUACAGACCUCCGACCGCCUUCGCCCAUCAACCUGCGUCGCAGCAUAGAUGAAGCGCUCUUCAGUGAGGCCCUGUUUCCCAUGAGCCUCUUCAGCACUGCCAGGCCUAUUCGCCUCAGUGACUUGUCCAUAAACACCCACAGUGCACAUCCUAACAACACCGCCUGUGAUCCUCCCUCGGCUGACCCUGGCCUUUAUCGGACCUCGUCCUGUGUGGAUAUGGCUCGUCAUGCCCAGCCCCAUACGAUCCAAUCUCAAGGAGAAACCAUUGUAGGUGCUCCACCAUCUCCCUCCCUGACCUCCUCCUCCAGCUGUUUGUCUCCUGAACAUUGGAGGGGCAGUUCUUCCUCCUGUUCCUUCUACAGAAACUCCCUCGGAGGCUCUUCUCUGGUUCUUUGCCCGAGCCCCGAGAGAAAUGCUCAGCCACCUCUCCAUCAAGGAGACCUGAUGGGCCAGGUGGUGUUGUCUGGCCACCAGGCCCAUGCUGACCCACAGAGGCACUACCAUACACUGGGCGCGGCCUCACAAGAAAGCCUGGACUUAGACAUGUCAUCUGAGGCGGACCACUCGGUGCAGGAGGAGUUUAUCAGCGUUUGCAGACAAAUUGAUGCUUUGAGCAUCUGCAGUGAGACGAUCGACUUAUAAAAUGGACAAUGUGCGUCGAACGAGGGUAACGUCGGGGACUGUUUGAGAGGCUUUGUGCUGCAAGUCGACAUUCACGGUUUUCUAUAGCCUAACUGGUAGUGUGCAUGGUAGCUUUCGUGUGAAACCUAAAAGACUCAUAGCUGCCAAAGUAAGGUUUUUGGUGGUUGAUGAGCGUUUUGCUAUGUGGUCAAUAGUGAAUGUAUACGAGGGUUUUAAGUGCCAAGAAUGUCAAAAGCCAAAAGGUCAUUUGUAACUUUUUACACGUUUGAUAAAGGCUGACGAAGUUUGAUACAGUAAACAAAACACAGAUUAUCGUUAACAGGAUUUUAAUUUGUACCAUGUUUUUACUGCAUUUUCUGACAUUCCAAUAGAUACUACUGUGACCAAGUUCAGCACUUAUUAAAUACUACUGAAGUAAUACACUUUGAAAGUUGACAGGACAUAAUUGUCAUCCAAGGUCAUGAUGAAAAUAAUGAUAAAGGGAAUGUGGAACCUCAUACCAGUAUUACACAUGGGGCAGCACUGCCCUCUAGUGGUGAAAUAUCCAUCCACGCGUCACCAAAAGACUGACAGCGUCUUUUGACAUUUGCUUACUAAUUUAUUUAUCUUCAAUAAAAAUAAAAUCAA